GGGCUACUGUAUGCACAAAAUCAGCGUCUUUUCACUCCAGGACCAGUCGCUCGUUGUUCCCCUAUGGCAUGCUCGAAUGGCGGACGAUGCAUACAGCAGUGGGAUUCGAUUCGAUGUGACUGCACUUUGACGGCUCAUGCUGGCGACCGAUGUCAAGAUGUAGCCACUACCGUGCUAUUCUCUGCUCCGUCGACGAUUUUCUUCGAAUAUCCGAAGGCUGAUCGCCCUUCAACCUCCAGAGACUAUAUGCUCUUCGCAUUCAAUACGGCUCGUCCAUCCGGAGUGCUGCUGUCAGUCGACUGCGCCGUAGACCAGGACUAUUUUACAGUGUACUUGGACAAUGGAUUCCUACAGAUUAAGUACAAUCUGGGAAGUAGGGAACACCAUUUCGGACAUUAUACUCACAAGCUGAAUGACGACAAGAUGCAUACAAUCAGGUGA